UCUGUGCCUGUGAGAAAGGGAAGAAAGGAGGGGACCCUACGGUGAAGAGCCGCUGGGUUGGAAGAAGGGUACGGGGCAGUUUUUCUUUUAUUAUUGUUCGCACUCUUCCUGUUUCCACCUGGCGAAAGGUUAAACGGUUAAAAUGGAGGCGGACAGAUCCGUCGGAGGACCAAACCAGAACCCCGGAAUCGUUAGCAGUAACAGCGGAGCGGGGCGCAACCCAAAUGGGCCCAAAACAGCACCGGGCCAGUCGACAUCAGCUGCGGUGUCCGGGGCGAUGGCAGUCGCUGCCGGGGCCAUGCCUGGAUCGUCCCAGGCUCGGGAACUACAAGACGGCGACGCUGGAAUGACGCUUCCUGGGAUCCUGCACUUCAUCCAGUUCGAGUGGGGACGUUUCCAGGCCGAGAAAUACCGCUGGGAGGCGGAGAGAGACGAACUCAGGGCUCAGGUAGCCUUCCUCCAGGGCGAGAGGAAGGGGCAGGAGAAUAUGAAACAGGAUCUGGUGAGACGGAUCAAAAUGCUGGAAUAUGCCCUCAAACAGGAGAGGGCCAAGCACCAAAAGCUGAAGACGGGAAACGACCAGAGUCCUGGAGAGAAGAAAUUAGAGACAGAACCAGACCAACUUCCUAAUGGGCCUAUAGAGCCGGAUUCAGAGCCAGCCAAUCAGAUGUCCUGGAAGGAGGGACGUCAGCUACUACGGAAAUAUUUGGAGGAGGUGGGUUAUUCAGACACUAUACUGGACAUGCGGUCUAAACGUGUGCGCUCACUGCUCGGGCGAAGCAGCCCAGAGGCUAACGGACCCCCCGUGAGUGAAAUCUGCUCCGAGCCUGAGCCCCGGGCAAGCGGGGAGUCGUUACUUGUCAGACAGAUCGAAGAACAAAUUAAGCGAAAUGCAGGCAAAGAAAGCUCAAAAGAGCGACUCGGUGGCUCGGUGCUAGAUAAAAUUCCCUUCCUCCAUGGCUGCGAGGACGACGAUGACGACGAUAGUGAUGAGGAAGACGACUUUCAAGGCAUGACGGCCGACUGCAUCGAUGGACCACGCAAAAAUAAAAAGUCACGUGUAAAGAUGGGAACAGAGCCAAUGACAACAGACCUGGAUCCAGAGGAUGAGGAAGAUGAUGAUGAUUCAGAAGAUGCCCUGGGAGAGUUUGACUUCUUGGGCUCGGGGGAGGAUGGGGAGGGGGCAGGAGAGGCCCGGAUCUCGGGGGACGGCCGGGAGUUAGAGAACCGUAGGAACAAGUUACAAGGAGUGAUGUCGGACUUCCCCUCUAAACCUGCCUCACCCCCUUCUGUAGCAGGACAGGCUCGCUCCAGUGAAGGUGGCGCCCUCGGAUUCUCGUCAGACGUCUUCAUCAUGGAUGCAGUAGGAGGAGGAGACAUGAACCUGGGUGAACUGGCUGACCUCACCGUUGCCAAUGACAACGAUCUCUCCAUGGAUAUGCAGGAUAACAGAGAGGAGUUUAAGAAGACGUGGAACCCUCGCUUCACGCUACGCAGUCACUUUGACGCAAUCCGAGCUCUCACCUUCCACCCCAACCAAGCGGUGCUUCUCACAGCUUCUGAGGACGGAACGCUGAAGCUGUGGAACCUCAACAAGGCCAUGCACUCCAAAAAGAAUGCAGCUUUGGAUGUUGAGCCCAUCUAUACAUUCAGAGCCCACAGUGGAGCUGUUUUGUCACUGACGAUGGGUGAGGAGGGAGAAUCCUGCUACAGCGGGGGUCUGGAUGGGUCUGUAAGGUGUUGGAAGAUGCCGGAUCUGAACGUAGAUCCUUAUGAUAACUAUGAUCCUGGAAUUGAGAGCAGCAUACUAGCAGGACACGAGGACAGCGUCUGGGGUCUCACCUACUCUGCAGUUCACCAUCGUCUUGCUUCAUGUUCAGCCGACGGCACCAUUCGUAUCUGGGACCCUCAGAACUCAGCUCCCUGCCUGUCAGUCUUUAAUAAGGAGAGAGAGCAUGGAACCCCCACCUCUGUAGCCUUCGUGGCCACUGAUCCCAACCAGGUGGUGGUGUCAUUUGAUGCUGGAGAAACACUGCUGUAUGACCUCAACACGGAGCAGAGCAUCAUCGCGCUAGAGACGCAGACUAAAGAUGGCAGUGAGCUGAUCAACCGAGUGGUCAGUCAUCCUACUGAGUCUGUCUCUGUCACUGCACAUGAAAACCGCACCAUCCGCUUCCUAGACAAUAACACAGGUAAAGUUGUUCACUCUAUGGUGGCCCACCUGGAUGCAGUCACCUGUCUCACUACAGACCCUAAAGGCACUUACCUCAUCUCUGGCAGCCACGACUGCUCUGUCCGUCUGUGGAUGUUGGACAACAGGACGUGCGUGCAGGAGAUCACGGCCCACAGGAAAAAGCACGACGAGGCCAUUCAUGACGUGGCCUUCCACUCGUCCCAGCCGUUCAUUGCCAGUGCUGGCGCAGAUGCACUCGCCAAGAUCUUUGUCUGACAGAGCUGUAAUCAUUCUGAGUCCUGCACAUAACGCUGGGCCAAAAGAGACUGAAGACUACAGUGGACAAAUCUCACCUGCCCAAACACACUUACUGUCCUGCAUCCCACCGUCUGGGCCAUCACUCCGGGGACCUCAGCUGCCCCUCAGUCCCCCUGCUGUUUUCUGAUGCCUCAGUGACUUCUUGUUAUACUAAUCACACUUUUUUAUAACAGCUUCUUGGUCUAAUAACCCUGCCUGGAGCCACACCUUUUUCUACACUACAGUAUUUUGUUCUGUACUGUUUUUGCAACGCGCCAAGAACCACGCAGGAAAUGCUUUCACCUCACAGCAUUUGCUGUGCUGAAGCGCAAAAUCACUUUAAAUCCACCACCUUUUUUUUCUUUCUCCCCCUAACAGCUAAGAAUGGUUUCUCUGUAACACACACACUGUAUGUAGACUGUAGACCUCGUGGCGUGAAGUAAGGCAGGCCAACAUCAAACCAACCUCUACAUUCCAGAGAAUCCAGAGGUUUUCCGUGUGUGUGUGUGUGUGUGUGUGUGCGUGCGCAUGUGUGUGUGUGCCAUAUUUGAGGUUGGAAAAUGUUUAAAUCGGUGGUUUGUGUGGCUGAGGUAGGCGGCACCAAAUGAUCAUUAGCCAGUGUUCAAACUGAUUUAGCUUUAAUUUAAAACUUCACUGAGUCUCAUUGUACGUCCACGUAUCACAGCCUCCUCACUGGAGCGUCACUGCCUUUAAUCAUAAAUAUGUAUAAAAACGAGAGCGACCACGGCUGCUGUACAGGGUAACUGUACUGACAGGAUUUACACCAUCAGGCUUCAGUUUGGACUCACAGUGAGGGCCUCGGUGUGUGAGGCCUGUUCGUAUGACGUCAGUUUUCUCCUUGGGUGAUUUUUAUUGUACAAUAAUGAGAACGAGUGUUUUCUUUGUCUGUGUGUGUGUGUGUGUGUGUGUGUGUGUGUGUGUGUGAGAAUAUGCACUUGUUAAAUCACGGUGCUACGAAAAACGUCAGUCACAAUCAGGGACCAGUGUGUGUCUUUGUGUGUGUGUGUGUGAAAUAAGUUUCUGAUAUACUGGAUUGUCAGUGCGUGAAUGGAUGAACUUUUUCUAUGACAUUUCAUCGUCCAGCGGUUUCACGGUUUUCACAGCCCUCGCCCUGUAUUUGUCGAUAGAACAACUUAGGUAUUGUUUUGUCAGAGUGCAUCUGCGCCGAACACGCAGAGCCGACGGUGGUGACGUCGCAGCGAGGACCACAUGAGCUCAAAAGUGUUUCCUCAGGUGGGAGUUGUUCAUGUGGCUUAUUUUUGAAAUUCCUUUUUGAAUUAGCCGUGUGUUGUGGUUACCACUUGUCUCAUGUGUAGCACAUUACCCGGGGGAAGGAAACAGUGGGAGGCUGGUCUUCUUCUGUGAUGGGGGCAUGCUGGGAAAAUGAGCUCCAAUGCAGAAGGAAUGGGGAGAAAAGAAAAGAAAAAAUGAACAGAGUAGGAAAAAGUAAUUUCCAUUGAAAUGUAGAUUUUUUUUUUCCGUCUUCUGAAUGGCUGUUUAAUAACUUGAACUGUCUCGCUGAUCCAAUGACGAUUCUGCCAAAAUUAAAAAAGACUCAGAAUGAUGGAGUUAAAUGAAAACAUUGGUUCUUCUGCAGGAUAAAACAAACUGCAGAACUGUUUGUUUGUCUUUGUUUUACACCUGAACUGGCUUCAGAUUAGUUCCCCUAUAAACCCUGUAUUGUUACCAAAAUAGGAUGUCCCCACGUUGCACUACAUCUAAAAGUGGAGGCUGUUGUUCAAAAACAGACAGGGUGCCAGAUAGUUAUGGUAUUUAUGAUACAGUCUGGACUUAAAACUACGAGGACGGACGCUGUUGGCUCCUCUUUUUUUUAUUUUUCUUUUCUUUUUUUUAAACAGUGAACUGUUUAAUGUACUGAAAAUGUACUACAGUUGAGCUACGCUGCCCCCUCUGGUGGAAAUUAAGACAAAUCACUUUAAAGAAGAGGAAUUCCAAACAGUUCACAGAUCUCACCGAUGACUGCAGAUGCCAUUAUUUGCUGUAAAUGUUCAUCACUUUGUUUUCUUGAUUAUUAAGAUGUAAGAAUACUGUAGUAUCAUAAGAGAAACGUUGUUCCUCGCUAGGCUAGAACUUGCUUGUGAUUGAUAAUGGCAAUGUUUAACCUGUAAAAAAAAAAAAAAAACAAACAAAAAAAAGGGCAAAAUUGCAAAAUGAUAAUGAAAAACUUGAAAAAUAAGAAAUUGUGUUUAAAAAAAGGUAACAGUCAGAGGCCAAGGUAAAAGUCUCAUUUUUGUUUUUAUUUUUUUAUUAGCAAUUUAUCACUGUGUGAUAUUUUGAACAUCAUAUUAAACUGUAUUCAACCAAUUUCCUCCAGUA